CCCUGUCCAGCAACUCCUCCUAACCCCACCAGCGUCUCCGUCACGCCAUCGCCAUGCCUUAGUUCGUUCGUAUGGACACUUCAAAGCGAAAGCGGUGUGAACUAGACACCCUCCCGCUUCGCCGCCUCACUCCGCCGCCGCGGUCGGUGCCGGGGCGCAGCGCUCCCGGUAGCGCUGCGGCCCCCCCUCCUCCUGUGCUACUUGAGGAGACCGUGGCGAAAAUGAAGGUGUGGUAUGACGUGGCUGUGGCGAAUGAGGCUGCACGUAAGGAAGAGGAGGAGAACCAGAGGAAGAUUAAACAAGAAGAAGAGCGACGGUUGAAUGAGAAGAAGGAACGAGAGGCACUCAACAAAGAGCUACAUGAUGUGAUGAAUGCGCGGUUGGACAGCAUGUAUGAAGUCGUACGAGGGCAGAAGCAGAACAGCACGGCUGACGACCAGAGAAUUGAGAACCUACUCAAAGAAGUGGAAAAAUUGUGGUUGGCUUAGAGCUCGGCGGUAAGGAACGACGGCGCAUCUACCAGCCGUCCUGUGGUUCGUGAUGAUGCGCUGUUAGCAAGAAUUAUGCAUGAACAUGAGGAAAUGAAGGCGAAGCUGGAUGCUGCGACGGCUACCAAUCAACGUGUCGAAACCUU